ACUCCACUUGGUAUCCCUCCGCUGGGGUCACCCCCGCCCCUCCGCGCUAGCAGGAACUAAAUUCCACUUCGGGUCACCCCGGGACCUGAUUGUAAAAAAUUCACAAAGCAGGGCUCCUCGUGACCCCUGGUCAAGGAAACCACCACACCAAGUUAAAACCCCCAGUGCCAACUCAAAAAGCGGGCUUCGCUUUAAACUGGGGCUGCGGCCCCCUGACCCCUGUCAAGCCCCGCCCCUUCCUGGUUGUCUUAGCGACGGCGGUGGCGUCCCAAGAUGGCGUCGUGGCUGCCGGAGACUCUGUUUGAAAUUGUAGGACAAGGCCCGGCGCCGAGCAAAGACUAUUACCAGUUGUUGGUCACUCGGACUCAGAUGAUCUUUAGAUGGUGGAAGAUUUCUCUGAGAAGCGAGUUUCGGGCAGCAAAACCUGGAGAGAUAAAGGAAACCCAUGAAGACUUCCUAGACAACUCUAAUCUUCAAGUACAAAUCGCCUUAGUAUUUGGUGCAAGAGUAUUAGACUAUGUCUUCAACCUGUGCCAAGGUAAAUUUGACUACCUGGAGCGGCUGUCGGACAAACUACUACUGAAGAUCAUCUGCUACCUGGACCUCGAGGACAUUGCCAGGCUCUCGCAGACAUCCAGCAGGUUUGCCAAGCUGUGCAAGUCUGACUCACUGUGGGAGCAGAUAGUUCAGUCGGCCUGUGACACCAUCACCCCUGACAUGAGGGCCCUGGCGAUGGAUGUGGGCUGGAGACAGGUCUUCUUCACCAACAAGAUCCAGCUGCAGAGGCAGAUCCGCAAGAAGCAGAGACACGGAAAGCACAAGGAGAAGCGUAUUUAGGGGCCACGGUGCUUCUCUUCAGGCCCGGAUCUUGUCCUAAUGAGAGCCAUUGCCGAUUCCAGGAAUCACCUGAAAAUCCCACUUUGAACACACAUACAAAUCCACCCAGUGCCUUGCUUGAGCAAACCACCCCUGUCCUGCUCAGGCCAACCCAUGGCCCACAUACCUAAGGCUACAAGACAGGAAGCCUCUCAGGCCACCACCUUCCCCACCCCCUGCUGCUCCUGAGGGAAAAGGCGCUUGUUGUGUAUGAACUAACAAUAAAGAGUUACUACCA